AUGUCGGAAAAGCUUCGCAAGAGUCAGUAUCUCAACAGGAGCCUCUGGCUUCUUUACCAAAUCGCUACAGCUCAAUUUUAUAUAGCAGUUCAUAGCUCCAUAAGCCGCGAGCAGCUUCUCCGGGUUGAUGAGACGAAGCUGUAUAACGACUUGGCUGACGAGGCAGAAAUGAUCACGAAUGUUUCCCAAAGUGAAGAGGAUCGUGGCAAUCCUCACCUUCACUUUGGCCAUCUGGUUUCUAGCUACGACGCUUAUCUUUGGCUGUAUUUGCCGAAAGCCCCAGGAGUCGGAAGACAUGGAACCGAUAUCGCAAAGGUAUUCUUGAGGAUGGAGGAGGCCGAGACGAGUGGAGUAUGCUUGAGGAAUUUCUGGGCCACGCUCCAAGUGCGGAUUCUUUGCUUCGGGAACUCGGUCAUGAGAGCACUUUAG